CAGGGAGUAGCUAAACUACAGCUAAAGCUGUAGCUUAUGUUAUAUCCGGUGUGAAAUUGUUUAGCUCAUUUUUAUCAGAUUAUUUUUUUUUAAAUAUGGUGAUGGGUUGUGUAAUUAAAGAUGUGAAAUAUUGCUGUUGUGUGGAUGUGCAUUUAUUAGUAACUUAUACCAGCUGCUGUUACGGUGGCAGUGAAAUGUAGCCUCAUUACAAAGUUAGCAGAAGCUAACUUUCUAGCUAGCUAGCGCUAACGUUUUGUGUUCAAACCGUUUUGUUCAAAGCUUUUGAACACAAUUACGUAACACUGCAUUAAAAUCGGCUAUCGCUUUUCAGUCAAAAUAUGUAGAACAGUGUACAAGUGUGCAUGUGAAGGUAUGUUUAGAACGUUAAUGCUACUUUGUUGAUUGGUAAGGGCACCGAAACCACUGUAUGCCUCAGCUAAUUUGGUAGUGUUGGCUAUCGUUCUUUAAAGUGGUAAACGACACAUGCUUUUAAGUUGCUUUUGUUACGUGGAGACCGUUGUCCAUAACCAACAGUAUAUUUGCUCCCUACUUGCACAACUGGGGCUUUGACUAGCAAAAGGAUGUCAUGUGGUGUGUUAAUUUGUUUAUAUGCUACUUGUGCUGUCUCCUGAUUUCACAAGGGAUAAGAACGUUAGCGUUACAGAUACUGACUAUUUUCAUCUGAUUACUGUCUUAUUACAGAGUACAUCACAGCAGCACCUCGAAACCCCACACCUUUCCACUACAUUCCAUGACAUAGGAUGCCAGACCGAACCACCACAAAAUAUGUCAGUGGGCAUACAGUCUAGUGCUCCAAAAAUGAGAACAGUCGGCACACAGCUAUCCAUGGGUACGCUGAGGGCUUCCAUGAGAAGCAAAGGCACCCAGGCAAUAGUGCCCUGUGUUAGUGUUUACACUGAGACCACUUCAAGCUCCCCAGAAUUCACCCCGAUGUCUUCAACACCAAUAAGACCCCAAGAUUUCAGACCUCGCAAGAGACCUCGUCUUGAGUUGGAGGAGGAGGAGGAAGAGGAGGAGGAGGAGGAGGAAGAAGAGGGAGACACCUCAACAGAGUUGCAAGCUGAGCCACAAUACUCAACAUAUAUCCCUGGUGACUCUGUUCUAACGGACGAAUCUGCCAUGUCGUCUGAGCCAGUGUCUACUUAUAAGGAUGAUAAGUACAUUGUUUUUGAAAGUUGCCUAAGGGAGCUUUUUCAAAGCUAUCCUGUAUGCAAGAGGCAGUGUGACGUUCAGCGCCGAAAAAUGGGAACGUAUGUGUCAUUCACACAGCUCUGCCCACACUGCAACUAUUCAAGACAGUGGCAGAGUCAGCCUGUUGUAGAAAUUCCCCCCCGGCAACCUACACCUGUCAGCGGCAACAUAUUUCACCGGUUCAUCCUUCAUCCAACUGGAAAAGGUAUUGCUAUAACUAUUUAA